UCCUCAUGCUAACAGGCUAACAGCUAGCAGCGCUCCGUGACUCCGUCAGACGCACCGGCUCCGUCCACGUCCCGGAGCCACAGGACUCUACUGACCCUCCCGACGUUCAGCCACGACCCGGCCGGAGCGGCACACCGCGGGGAGACUCCCAGUAGAGGCAGCAGACCGAAGCCGUGAAGAUGAUCAAGCUGUUUUCUCUAAAGCAGCAGAAGAAAGACGAGGAGUCUGCCGGAGGAAACAGGACCGGAGCCGGCGGCAAGAAAGCCAGCGCGGCCCAGCUCCGGAUACAGAAAGACAUCAAUGAGUUGAACCUGCCAAAGACGUGUGAGAUCAACUUCCCAGACGAUGACGACCUGCUCAACUUCAGACUCAUCAUCUGUCCCGACGAGGGAUUCUACAAAGGAGGAAAGUUUAUCUUCAGCUUUAAGGUAGGACAGGGUUACCCUCACGACCCUCCGAAGGUGAAGUGUGAGACGAUGGUUUAUCACCCGAACAUCGACCUGGAAGGAAACGUCUGCCUAAACAUUUUAAGAGAGGACUGGAAGCCUGUGCUGACAAUAAACUCCAUCAUCUACGGUCUACAGUAUCUAUUUCUAGAGCCGAACCCAGAGGACCCCUUGAACAAGGAGGCUGCAGAGGUCCUGCAGACGAACCGGCGGCUCUUCGAGCAGAACGUCCACCGCUCGCUGAAGGGCGGCUACGUGGGCGCCACCUACUUCGAGAGAUGUCUUAAAUAACUCGGCGUACCGUGACCCCCCCUCCCCCCUCCCCCACCCCCCACCCCACUCCUGCUACCCACAACUCCCCUCCCUCCUCCUCCUCCUCGUCAGUCCGACCUGUGGGCCGAUCCAGGAGCUGCAGCGAAUGAACGCAGCACGCCACAAGAUGCUUUUUUGUUUUUUUUUGUUUUUUUAAACAGAAGAAGAAGAAGAAGAAGAAGAACGCCCGAUAUUUGUUUGAAGACGCAGCAUUAAACCGUUUACACGCCACGGGGGGGGGGGGGGGGGGGGGCGCCCACACACACGCGCAACACACAGCGAGAGGACUGAGAGACGGCGGACAGCUGAGGAAGAUGAUGAUCAUAAUGAUGAUGAUGGGGAGGCGGUCGGUGAAUGUUCGGGGGCGCCGCCGAUAACGAAACCCACGGGAUUCAUUUUAGUUCUUUUUGUUUUAACGUUUGUUUUUUUUCUUGCGCGUGACGUCGGCGCCGGUCAGAAGGACACGCCCCCCCCCCCCCCCUUCCUUCUCGCCACCGUCGACCUGCAGCAAACUCCAAACUCACUCCAGAAGCGUGUGUGGGAGGAGCCUAUAGUGAUGAUGUCAUGCUUAGGUCGGGGCUUCUGUGUUGCAUCGAGGUGGGCGCGGCUUGUCUAAGUGGGAGGAGCUUGUGAGUUACAAAAGGAGCACAUGCCUUAAAGGAACGAGAAAUAAAUAAAUUAAAAAAAAAAAAAAAGCUGCUCUCAGUUAAACGAAGCGGAUGGUGUUGCUUCACGGGACUCGACCUGCAGGCGGCGCCGCUGCU